AUGGAGGUUGCUUUGCCUGGAUGGAGCUCUCUAACGAACUAUGAGCAUCACAGAUUGGGGCAUAUCUGGUUCUGUUGGUCUAAUAAGGUGGUGGUCACUAAGCUGCACAUGAGCUCUCAGGUCAUCACAUGUGCGAUCCAAAUUCCAGAAACCAGGGACAAAUUUAUUUGUUCUGCAGUUUAUGCAUCUAAUUGCAUGACUGAGAGAAGGCAGCUUUGGGAGGAACUUAAAGGUACCAGAGCAGAUUAUGCUCGCCUUGAUUUGCCUUGGAUCGUUCUUGGUGAUUUCAACGCCACUCUCGCUUCAAUGAAACAUUCUCGUGCAAUGGAUUACCUAACGGAUCAGACUGGUACGAGGGAGUUUCAAUAUGCUGUAGCAGAUUGUGAGCUUGCCGAUCUCGCCUAUGUUGGAGCUAUUUUCACCUGGUGGAACAAAAGAGAGGGUAACCCAAUUGGAAAGAAGCUACAUAGAGCCUUAAUAAAUGAUGUGUGGCUUCGGUUCUAUCCCCAAUCCUAUGCAAAGUUUGAUGCAGGAGGUGUAUCUGAUCACGCACGAUGUCUAGUACAUAUUUCCGAUAAAAGAGAUGAAACGAGGAAACCUUUAAAGUUUUUUAACUACCUCAAGGACCAUGAGGAUUUUCUCCCUACAGUGAAGAAUUUCUGGGAUAUAUCUCCCUUAUUGUAUCACUCCCGCUGUUCCUUAUCUAUGUUCCAUCGAAAGCUGAAGCUGCUAAAGAAUGAUCUUCGUGCCCUGAACAGAAAUCAUUAUGGGGACUUGCCAAACAGAACUAAGCAGGCGUACGAGCAUCUUUGUUAUUGUCAGAACCAGGUUCUGAUGGAUCCAACCCCUAUCAGUCUGGCUACUGAGGCUGAAGCUUCAAAGCGAUGGAACUUACUUGCUAGUGACAUUAGAAAGGAGGCAAUCACUCAUUUCCAAAGGUUUCUUCAAACCCACCAAGAGGGGGAGGAGAUUUCUGAGACGUCUCUGCAAGAGCUGUUGACAUACUGUUGUCCAGUUUCCACUGCCACUGGAUUGGUGGCACCUGUUAGUGGGGAAGAGAUCAAAUCUGCUCUACAUGCCCUUCCUAACGAUAAGGUUUCGGGUCCGGAUGGGUUUACUAAAGAAUUUUAUGUUGCUGCUUGGCCAGUCAUUGGGAAGGACUUUAUCACGACAGUGCAAUCUUUUUUCCUGUUUGGCUUCUUACCUACUGGUAUAAAUGCCACAAUUCUCACGCUUAUACCGAAAUCUGAAGCAGCUCAGUCUAUGAAGGAUUAUCGUCCUAUCGCUUUCUGUAAUCUCCUCUACAAGGUAAUGUCCAAUAUCCUAGCUCGAAGGCUCAAAGAAAUUCUUCCCGAAGCUAUUGAGCCGAACCAGAGUGCCUUCAUCAAGGGCCGCCUCCUCCUUGAGAAUGUGCUGCUUGCUUCUGAAUUGGUGAACAGUUACCACAAGACGACCUCCUCCUCUAGAUGUGCUAUCAAGUUUGACAUCGCGAAGGCUUUCGAUACUGUCAAGUGGUCUUUCAUUACUUCAGUUCUUAAAGCCAUGAACCUGCCAGAUCAGUUCAUCAUGUGGAUAAAACUUGUAUAUCUACAGCAUCCUUCUCAGUGGCAGUGA